ACAUGCCACUGUUAAGAGGCAUGUUGUAUAGGGCCAUUGUGGUCUGUCUGUUGUUCAGUGAGGUGGAAUCAAGGAGUCUGGAGUGGCUGACUGGUGAACAUAAACAGGCAAAGGAGGGUGAUGCUCGUCUGGUGGGAGGGAAAUCUCCAUCCGAAGGACGGGUGGAGGUGUUCCACACUGGUAGCUGGGGGACAAUUUGUGACGAUGACUGGGGAAUUGAGGAGGCGCAGGUGGUGUGCAGGCAGUUGGGUUUCCGUGGAGCCAUUUCAGCAGAACCAGGAGCAAAGUUCGGGCAAGGUUCUGGAAAAAUAUGGCUGGAUGAUCUGGGAUGCAAAGCCAGUGAGAGCUCCCUGAGCAGCUGUGCCUUUAAGGGCUGGGGAGUGACAGACUGCUCCCAUUCAGAGGAUGCCAGUGUGGUGUGUGAUGUUGAUCCGGCUUUUAACAUCACCAAGAGAUACCCUCUGGAUCAUAGCAUUGAGCUCACUGACCAGUUGGGGGAGCUGUUUGACAGUGGCACGGGUUGUGAUUUCACCCUCACAUUCUCGUACUCGCCAGAGGAUUCAGUGGAGGCGGAGACGGUUCAGGCCCAGGCUCAGGCUAAUAACAACAAAGAGAGCGUCUGUGUGCAUCGCCUUGUUCUCUUUCUCUACCCAAAAUUUGUUGUGAUCAACUCAAGCUUUGAAAUGGAGAUCAGCUCAAACUGCCAACCUUACAUCAGAGAAUUCACACGGUACCUCUACACACGCACUGUCACAGUCACCGUCUCCUCCAUGCAGUGUCUUCAUCAACUGGCUUCUAAGUUCGGGCGAGUCGUCUGCUGGGAAGACAUUGACGCCUUUGUGCCCCUGCUGCCUGAAGAUACAUCCUUCCGUACACAGGUGGCGCUGUUCAAGUACGCUGGGCGUUCUGGUGACGGCCUGCUCCGUGACAACGUCUUGCGUUACCUGGGCUGGAACAUGGAGCCGCUGGUGGCUUCAGCCCAGUGGAAGAGCCUAUCAGAGGAGCUCCUGAAGGGUCUGCUGGUCCGCACAGACCUGGUGCUGCCAGACGAGGCCUGGCUGCUGGCUGCUCUGGAGGCCUGGGUCCUGGAGCAAGGUGAGGUGGUGACCCCUGAACAGCAGGCAGCUCUGCUGGGUCAUCUGCGUUUCCCCAUGAUGACCCCCGAGCAGCUCUAUGAGGUGCCCUUCACCGCCCGCCUCUACAGCAGUCACAAAGAGCUGUUCUCCGCUGGAAUCCUACAAGGGUUCCAGUUCCACGCACUGAACUUCUCCGUACUGACUGGACAUGUGGAAGGACAAAGCGAACAGUUCCAGUCCAGGAUUUACACUGCCGAUCCCUGGAGCAUUAGCUUCAAUGCCUCAAACCUGCACAUCAGGAGAUAUGACUACUAUGAUGCUUAUGGAAGGAGAUCUGGCAGAUAUGGCUAUGAGAGCUAUGACAGAUAUAGUCCUAUUAAACAAAAGAGAUUCACCACCCCUCUACCGCUUACGUAUUCACCUAGAUAUGUACCAUGGCUGGCUGAGGUCUUUUCACCUGAUCAGAGCUGCACCACUAAAGGUCAACAGUGCAAACAUUCCUUCCGCCUUUCUCCCACUCAACGAACAAGCGUCCAGUUCAGCAACCAAUUGUUGUUAGCCUGUAGAGAAAGUUAUGUCUUCAGUGUGCAAGAAUUCAAAAACAAUGAGGCAAAGAUCUCAAACGACAGCAUGGUCAUUCCGAUCACAUGUCCAGAUGACCUUACCUACCAAAUUGUUGUUCGUCCUCAGUAUGUCUGAGACGACUGCCUCUUUGACCCAGGAGUGUUGAUUUCCCUCUCUGGUAAUCCAGUGCAGAUUGUUUCUCUUUGCUUUAGGUGAUUGCAACAGAUCAUUAUUGUUUUUAUUGUUUAGAUGAUCCCAGAAUGUGUAUUGUUUGAAAAUAAUUUAGAUGAAAAUCAAAUUUUACAGAAUCAUCUCUUUAUUUUUGUAUCACAGAAUGUUUUCCUUCAGUGUUGAUCAUCAUGCACAUUGAUGAAUAAAAAUGAUCCCUUCUGAA